UGCAUCUUAAUCUCAAUCAAGGUCUGGAUGGUUAGGCUGUUUCCCCAGGCUGACCCCUUAGCCAAAGUGACAGUCGAGCUAGGAAUUAGGCUUCCUUUGUCUUUAAUGACAACAUUCAUUGUUGUGUGCAUUAACUCAGUCUAAAAUAAGAUAUAUUAUGUUGUCUGAGUGUCCCAACAAAAUGCACUCGCGCAUAUUUUUACUGUGGCUGCGCGUUGAAUUUUGCUGGCUUGUGUGAGCGGCGUAUAUUGCAUCCACUUAUGCAACAGAAAGCUUCAGCUCGCCAGAGUGAAAUUAAAACACGCAUUUUGUAUUUCCAUUUUGUCUAAUCCGUCUGAUUUCUGAAGGGAUUAAACGGACCAAUCAUGAAUAUUGAGAGACCGCCUGUUCGUUCACUGCUUGGGAACAGUCAACAAUCCUUCAGAGAAUAACAGUCCUGUGAAAAUCGGAGCGAAAUACAAGGUUAAAGUUAGGCUUGGUUAAUUUAUAUCACAGAUGUUUACCACAGCCUUUCAGUCCAGUCAAAGUCAGGGCUCAAGAUUUAGGCACACAGUACUGGAUUUUAUUAAUAAUGACCUCGAAUAUGAUUCGUUGCCACACUUGAGUUUCUGUGGUGGAUUGCAUCCAAGGAAAUUCCCAUCAAAAACGGCGUAGGUUGCAAUCAAGUCCAUCUUCUCUGCCUUGCCAGCCAAUGGAGGAGGAAGAGGUCCGAUUUGGGCAAACUUCGGCUACCGCAGGCUCGCAGCCUCAGAACAAAGCCUCUGGUGACCGAGUCCUCCUUCUGGGCCUUGUCCCGGAGCCCGGAAAAGCUGUCCCCUCCUCUCCCUCGCCUUCCCCGUCCUCUCCCCCUCCUCCGGGUUCUGCUGUCCAUGCCCUCCGUUCCAAGGUGAAGGCUCUCUCACAGAGGCCCUGUGGGAGAGAGAGAAAAAGGGAGAAGAUGAGGGAAGAGAAGCGGACCUCGGAGCUCCACGCAGGGCGACUGGCCUCAUCCCAGGCCCUGACCAGGCAGAAGUGCCGCAGCAGGGGGGAGGUGCUGCCACCUGUCCUCUCCCGACACUAUGACCUGAGGAGGCAGUCCAGCAGUAGCGAAGACGAGGUGGAGGAGGUGGUGGCCAGUGUACAGCUCCACAGCCACCCGACUGAACUGGAGAGGGAGCAGGAGGACUGGGGCGCCACGGGAGGCCUGGAUCGGAGUGUGCCAGUGCAGCCUCGUGGUCUGGGGGAAGGAGCUAGCCUGGAGAGCUUAGAUAACAUCCAGUCAGACAGCACCAGAGAAAACAAGGAUGGCACCCCUUCUUCGACGAAGCCCACCCCUUCAUCCUCCUCUACCUCCUCUCCUUCCUCCACGUCCUCUCACAGACACUGGGCGCCUCCCCGAGGCUUCUGGAGGGUAGCCCGCCCGGAAACGCUGAUUCUGAACGGGGUGGACCCUCAGUCUGCCGGGGUCACCCCAAGCACCGUAUCCACAUCCUCGUCACCUGGGCCCCCCAAGGACGAAACCCCGGCGGGUGACAACCUGUCCGGUCCCGAGAGAAAGCCAAGGCGGUUCUCCGCGGACUCUGCCGAAGAGGACCAGGACGAGAGCGGGAGCCGCUGGAACAUGCUGCGGUCAGACAGUCUGGACUGCUACAUAGAGAGGUGUGAUAAGAAGAAGGACGAGGAGCCAGUGGACCCCCCAGCCGGGCUGCGGAGGGCGGAGAGCUGGGAAAGCGUGUGCUCCCAGGAUGGGGCUCUCUCGCUGGAGGAAACCGUGGCAGCCAACCGGAAAGCCAGAGGGCUGCCAGCGAGCGGGCGGAGGAACGGAGACAGAGGCAGAGAGAAGGAUGUCGUGGACAUUCCCAGCCUCUGCGUUGACCUGGUGGACCAGACAGAUGCGUCUCUCAACCCGUCUUCAUCCCGUGACCCUGAGGUGGAUUUAACCACUCCACAACAGGAGCGACUGGAACUACCCAAGUCACACCUCAACCCAGACGAACUUCCUCUGAGCCCCAGACACGAGCAGGCCAUGGUCUUGCUGGAGAGGGCACGGUUAAAAGCCCGCUCCAACUGUGCCAAAGGGGAACGCCCCCCAACCCGCCGUGCCCAUUCUGCACAGAGAUAUAACACCAGAAGGCAGCAUCAUGUCAGUAAUUCGCCACCAAUACAAAAGGAUGUAGCUGAAAAAGCUGAAGAAGAGGCGACAGCCCCUCAUCCGUCAUCAGGGCCACUCCUGGUCCCACCAAACCGAGGUCCUUCGCCUGUAGGCCGUACUCGACUGUACGCUAACUCACCCACGCGGGUGUGGUUUGAAGACGAGUCAGAGAAGGAGGUGGAGUCUCGCUACCUGAAUCGGGUGAAGGAGCGCGGGCGGGCCACUGCCCAUAAAGCCAAGGAGAAAUCCAGGGGCAUGCAGGGAAAGAAUUCUGACCCGACCAUCAGCAUUGCCGGCCUCGCUCCGCCACUGGAGGACGCUGGGUUCACGAGUGCUGCUUCCACCCAGACAGCAGAGGUGGGGGUGAGGAAAUGUGAAGCGUGCGGAUCUAUUCUAAGGGACCCUCCAGUGCCCAAACCAGAGACCGCUCAGUCCCAGCCCGGCGAUGUGGACGAGAGUCAGGGCAAAAAGGUCCCUCGCUGGGUCCCCCCGGGCCAUUCCGAUGGCAUCUCCGAGCCUGACCAGCCAAGCAUCAUACGUCCUAAAGCGGCAGGGGUCACUUUUGGGGGGGUCCUGAUUCUGGGAGAAGAUAGAGAGGAGCGGGCAGAAAGGGGACCCGGCGACAGGACCUCCGGUUUUGGUAAACUCAGGAGGCGCAGCAGAAAAGGAGAGAACCGCCUGAAACGGGUCGGAUCGGGUCACGGACCAUAUGGAGCCUCCUGGGCACACCGUCGCAACUCCAACCCCAGAAACAGGGUGAACGUGUGUAGGAGAGCCGUCACCUUUGCUCUGGGCAGCCCUGUAGCUCUGGAGCGCCCUCAGGUGGAGGGCUCAGGAAAUAGCACCUCACCACUACCCAUCAAGUCGGCUCUGAAGUCAAGCUCCAAGAACAGGGCAGGUGGGCAGCGAGGUGUCAAGCCGUCGGCUCAGUAUCGACUCGUCAGUGUAGACGACGGGCCCGGGGGAAGCCCUCAGUACCAUGAGCACCUAAACGCAGAGCAGCAUGGAGAGGGUGCUGUCUCCACCCCCUCAGGGACUCCCUCUAGCCCCGACCUGGUCCCCUGCAUUCGGCCUUCCUCCCUCAGGUACGCCCCUGCCAGGGUCAAUCCCGACCACCCUGCGGCAGACCUCUGGGAUACUGCUGUCGAUGGAGCUGGUGUGGCGCUGAGUGGAGACACAUGUCGAGAUCUGCCUGCCGGUCUUCCAGAGUACCGCAGUUCACUACGCUGCUUGGCCGUGUCCCGAGCAGAGGACUUAAGGGCGGAGCUACUGAGGGCGGAGCACCUCAAAGCAGAGGCUCAGUGGGAGGAGGGCCUGGAAGGGGCACGAAGGACUAUGGCGGAGCGGGACGGCAGACCCAAACUCUCACUCCGGCGGUUCUUCUCCUCCAUCGGGCUCCACAGUGUGGGCCGGCUGGUGAAGGGCGGGCGGUCCAGCAGUAUGGAGCAGCUCAGCGUAUCGGCAUCCCGGGUCAGCUCCGCCUCGCCCAGCCCCACCAGGAGGCCCACCUCCGACACUGGCCUGCAAAGGACCCCCUCGCUGCAGGCCCUGAACACAGUGUCCCCACUGGCCCAGCUCCGGAAAGCCUCCUCGGUGCAGAGUCUGGAGAGGAGAGCGGAGCGUCCUACCAUUCUGGGAGGGAUGCCCGUGUCUUACAGCCUGUCGCCGAGGGGGGUGCAGAGGGCAUUGAGUGUGGAGAACAUGUUAGCCACUCGGGUUCUGGGUCCUGUGGGUCCCGUGGGUCCCGCGGGCCGAGUCGUUCAGGCCUUCCCGGACGGCACCCUCCUCCUGGAGCUCACCAGACCCGCGAACGGUCCCUUCGGGUUUGUCAUCUCGCGAGGCAAAGGUCGACCUGUCACAGGUGUCUACAUGGAGCAGGUGGGAGACGGGGCCGAGGAGGGCCUGUACUCCGGUCUCCUGGGCGUCGGGGACGAGCUCCUGGAGGUGAACGGCGAGGCGGUGGCCGGACUGACCCUGGAUCAGGUGACACGCCUUAUGACCCGUGACAGCACCGCCACCAUCCGUGUCUUGCCGCACCGUCGCAACGGCCACGCCGGAACUCCCCGCUGACCUUGCCGUUGGGACGGUGACAACACGACAAUGUAUGAAUGCCGGCAUUAUCCGAGAUGUUUAACUCAGGGAGAGCCAUAGGAAGAACGCUGUACACCUCCUUGUGCUUGUCUAGUGGGUUUAGACUUUAACGUUUAGUUCAUCAAAACGGGUGUUAGACACAACAAAGGAGUACGACAACGUCGCUCUGUUCCAGGAUACACAAGAUGAUACAAACGAAAGACUAUGUAAUGUUUAUUUCACAAUAAAUAGC